UGCUGCGUUUCUUACGAACCUAUCCCAUCGAGCUUGUCCCUUGGUCGUCUCAGCUGCCCAUCAUGUCGUCCUCUUCACUUCCCUUUACAAGGCAGGACAUCUCCAUCCCAUCGCACACGCCCGGCCAGUCACUCUCCGCCUGGCUCUACCUCCCCCUCUCCUCCACCCAAGCUCGCCAUCCUACCCUCCUCCUCGGGCACGGCCUAGGCGGACUCCGCACCUUCCGUCUCGACGCCUAUGCCACCUUCUUUGCCCGCGAAGGCUUCCUGGUAAUCCUCUUUGACUACCGUUACUGGGGUUCCUCCGGUGGAGAGCCACGCGGACUUAUUAGUCCUGCUAGACAGGAGGAGGACUGGGAGAGUGCCCUCUCCUAUGCCCUCAAGCACGACUCGGUCGAUGCGGACAAGAUUGGAUUGUUGGGUUCAUCCUUCGGCGGAGGUCAUGUGAUUCGUAUUGCUUCCAAGCAUCCAAAAGAGGUAAAGGCGACGGUCAGUCAGUGUCCCUUUACGGAUGGUAUAGCCAGCGCAGCAACGGUGGGGUGGAAGGUGCUCCCCCAACUGGCCUUUUGGGGAUUACUGGAUCUCGCUGCUAGCUUUGUCGGUGGGACGGUGCGCGUCAAGUUGAUUGCAAAGCCAGGCGAAGUCGCCCUAAUGAAUGCUCCCGAUGCGGUACCAGGCUACCUCGCCCUCCGACCCAGCAACGUCUCCUCUUCAACCCUCACCUCCACCGCUAUACCUGCCCGACUCUGUCUACAACUCCCCAUGCUCCGCCCAGGAGCUUCCGCCGCCCAGAUCCAAACUCCCAUCCUAUUUGCCAUCUGUGGAAAGGACUCGGUUGCCCCUAUCGGACCGACGUUGAAGUAUGCAAGACAGGCAAAGAGGGGUGAGGUUAAGCUCUAUGAAGACAUGGGACAUUUUGAUAUUUAUAUCGGAGAAGCAUACGACAAGGCUACAAGGGACUAUUUGGCCUUCUUCAAGAAGAACCUCAUGGCCGGUUGAGUGGGACAAAUUAUACUUUCAAUGCAUCAACAACAACUUUCAAUCGAGCAAAAGAGUAUACCCCAAUAGCUACCUCUGGCUUAUGAUACGAGAACAUUGCUGUUCGACCGCCCCAGAAAUCGGUCUAAGUACUUCUCUGCAGUAGGCACCAGUCGACCGGGUCUGCAUCGCCAGUCCACUCAAUCACUCACUCGCUACCCACCUCCUGCAGCUUGGCCAACUGACCAAACGCCGAGUCCUGCUGCAUCAACACCUUCGGGUCCCCUGCCUCUCUCACCCGGCCAGAAUCAAGAAGGACGAUUUGGUCGAAGUUGGCAAUGAAGGCUGCAUGGCGCGAGAUGGGUAGUGGUGGGGCACACAGACGGGUGCAUAGGAGCAAGGAGAAUGAGAAGGAGAAGGAGAAGCGACAGUCAAGUCAGCACUUGAGAAUCCUUGUCGCUUAUUAUACCAACUGAAUCUAUUCUCUCCCAC